AGUUAUCUUGCGCUUACUUUCAAAUAGUGCGGGAAAAAAAAAAAAAAAAUUGUGUUUAGUUUCUGUAGUUGUCAAGUGUUAUCAGUACACGCCUGUCAUUUAAACCUAUAAUAUUUCAACUAGCUGAAAGCAAAGUAUAUGGACUUCCCAUACAUUACGAUGAAGGUGGAGUUAAUUGCUAGUCAUGUGAACUUCGGACUUAUUUUUUAUCAUAAUUUCAGAAGCAACGACUCCAGUUUUGCAUCUUAAUUCAGUAGCGAGCUAAUUUCUGGACGGGGCAUUCGAGCUUCGACUUUUAAGUUACUGCGAUGUCAUAUCAAAGAGUGCAGCUACUGAAAACAUUAAUAUGCCGAUAUAUAUUCAAUCGACCGUGUGCUGCGUUUUCUUAUCCGCGUACUAUGCACAGAACUUACAGUCUAUAUGCUAAAGAACCAUACCAGUCCAAAUAUGUCCCUAUAAGUGAGCAAAGUAUUUUGUUAGAGGGUAAAGAAAGAGCUCGGGCAUCUAAACUUGCUGAUGAUCCUCAUGUAUUUGUAGAUACAAUUCCUGGAGCUCCAAAUAUCAAAACAGUUUUUGAUGUUCUGGAAUAUGGAAUGAAAAUUUCAAAUGAUGGAGACUGUAUUGGAACAAAAUCUUCAAAAACUGGGCAGUAUGAAUGGCUAAAAUACAGUGAAGUUAUUUUAAGGUCGCAAUAUGUAGGAUCUGGAUUACUGAAACUUGGUUUAAAACCAUGCAAUGAUACUUUUUUAGGAGUGUUUGCAUGCAAUAGGGAAGAGUUUUUGUUAUCUUUAUAUGGAUGUGCAGCCUAUUCUAUGGUUUUGAUACCUUUAUAUAUAUCUCUUGGUGCACAAGCUGUGAUGUUUAUUUUAAAACAAGCCAGUCUGUCCUUGGUGAUAGUUAAUGACAAGAAAAAUGCUUUAAAUGUUAUUAAAAAUGCUUCUGAAGUUCCAUCUCUCCGUACUAUGGUGUUGAUGGAUAAACCUGAUGAUGAAGUUCUCCAUGCAGCUAAAGGGGCAAAUAUUGUUCUUUUGCAUUAUUCAGAAAUGGAAGAACUUGGAAGAAAGAAUAAGAAAGAUCUUGUGCUUCCUAAUCCCGAGGAUUUGUUCUGCAUCCCGUACACUAGUGGAACUACAGGAAUCCCUAAAGGAGUUAUGUUAACUCACAAGAACCUGAUAACAUGUUGUUCCUCUCUUAUUUAUGGAUAUGGAAAAGCUGGUAUAUUUGGAGGAACAAUAAUAUCCUACCUUCCAAGUGCACAUAUCUAUGAAAUUUGCAAUGAAGUUGCCAGUAUGUAUUUUGCUCGACGCAUUGCAUUUUACAGUGGUGACAUCAAAAAGUUGAUGGAUGAAGUAAGGUUUUUAAAACCUACUAUAUUGCCAUUGGUGCCAAGGUUAAUGAAUGCCAUGUAUACAAAUGUAAUGGAUAGUGUUAAAAGUAGUGUAUUGAAAGCCUUGUUGCUUAAAAUUGCCCUUGCAAGGAAAGAGAAACUUCUCAAAAAACAAAUAAUUACAAAAAAGUCAAUAUGGGAUAAAUUAGUUUUCAAAAAGUUUCAAGAUAUUUUAGGAGGAGAAGUUCAUAUGAUAGUUACUACCUCUGCUCCAGUAUCACAGGAUGUUAUGAGGUUUUUCAGAUGUGCUUCAGGCUGUUAUAUACUUGAAGCUUAUGGACAAACUGAAGUGCUGGCUGGAACUAUGACUCUUCCUUAUGAAUAUGUUGGAGGUCAUGUUGGAGCUCCUUUACCAUGCAAUCAUAUGAAAUUAGCUGAUGUUCCUGAAAUGGGCUACUUUUCAAAAGAUGACACUGGUGAGAUCUGUUUCAAGGGUGCUAAUGUUUACAAAGGUUAUUUUAAAAACCCAGAAGCUACUAAAGAAUGUUUAGAUGACGGAGGUUGGCAUCAUUCUGGGGAUAUAGGAAGAUGGCUUCCUAAUGGUACACUGAAAGUUAUAGACAGAAAAAAGCAUCUUUUCAAACUUUCUCAGGGUGAGUAUAUAGCACCAGAAAAAAUUGAAAAUGCAUACAGUUACUCACAGUUUGUUUUACAAGUGUUCGUCGAUGGAUUACCAGAUCAGGAUUAUGUUGUUGCUUUAAUUGUUCCUGAGUUCAAUAAUUUUAACAAAUGGUUGAAAUCUAAAGGUUUUCAAAAUGGAAAUUUCAAUGAGUUGUUGCAGAAUAAGGAAAUGAGAAGGGCUUUCCUUUUGGAGUUGCAUAAGCAUGGACAGCGUGAAGGGCUGAAUACGUUGGAACAGGCAAAAAAUAUUGCAUUCCUUACUGAAAACUUUUCUACUGAAAAUGAACUCAUGACACCUACACUAAAAUUGAGAAGAAAUAAUAUUAGGAAAAUGUUCCAGCCUCUCAUAGAGAAAUUGUAUGAAGAGAAGCCCUUAGUGAAAUCUUCUAGAUCCUGAUCCAACUUAAAAAUUGGAUGAAAGUGUUGAAAUAGUAUUUCAGUAUGUGAAGUACCAAAACAGUAUUUCAUAAUGUGAAAUCUUUUCAUCAAGUGCAAAAACAUGUUCUCAUGGUAAUGGCAUAGAAGUAAUUUAUUUAAAUUAAUAAGAUUUACUGAAAUCUGUAUUUGAGAUCUGUUUUAUUUAGGGCUAUUUUUGCUAAAUGAAUGUGGUGUAUUUUAUGUAUGAGAUUACGUAUAUGCAUUGGGAAUCAUAAAUUUUCUUGCUCGCAACUUUUAUUAAAAUGUUUUCUAUAUUAAAUAAUGUUAUAAAUUUAGUAUAACAGUAUUUAAUGCAGGAAACAUUACAUAUAUUAUUAAUAAAGUAUUUUAAUUUUUGAUGCUGCAUACAGUUAUAAUAUCUCUCGUAUAAACACUAAAAUGUUCCUUGUACUAAAAAAAAAAAAAAAAAAAAAAGCCAUUGGCUAUAAGGGUAGUUCUUCGACUCAUAAACAACUUGAAAAAUGCCUUCUUUUAUGGGAUUCAUCACUUCAUCACCUGGUAAGAGCAACAUCCUUUUUGAGGACUUUAUCAAAGGAUUGAAGUUGAAACUUUUGCCUAUGAAAUAUGUAGACAUAUAAGACCAGCAUUUUUCAUUCCCUGCUAUAAACAUUAAAAUGUUCCUUGCAUUAAAAAGAAUUUGCAAUUGGCAAUAAGGGCAGUUCUUCAUCACCUAGUGAGAAGCAACACCCUUUCCAGAGGACUAAAGUUGAAACAUUUGCCAGUGAAACACCUGGACCAAGAUCUUCCAUUUAAAUGGUACCUAGGUUCUACUUUGUAAUCUUCAAAGUGUGGGAGUGCAUAUUAUUCUUCAGUAGUGUGACCCGUUUAUAAAGAUUACCAAAAAAGUUUGCCUUAAUUUCAAGCAAAAGACUAGGAUCAGAUAAAUGUCUACUGGUUUAAAUUCUCCCAUUAAUCUCUCGUGUCACCAGUAAUAAUACUGCAUUUAGGCUUGGUUUGGACAUGUAUCGUAGCAUUGAUGCCUUAGUAUUACUUACAAAGUUUAAGUCUUUUAUGAUUAGAAAGGAACUCUGCUUAAUUCAACUAUAUGGAUAGACCAUCAUGGAUGUAUAUUGGCUGUCUGUAGCUGAUAAAGUGCAAUGAAUUUCUCAUUAAUCACACAACCUUUACUCAGUUAAAUGGAAGAACUUUGUUCUCCUCUUUUGUGUGAUUAGUUUCAGAAUUUUAAUUAAAGUGCCUUUGAAUAAUGAAAAAAGAAAGUCUUUGUGGGAGAUUUAUAUUUUUCAUACUCAAAUUUUUGUUUUAAAGUUAUGCUUAUUUUUAACAGGUAUUUUUGUAUUGAAAAAAUAUAUUGAUCAAAUUAUCUUUCAGAAUGACUGUUGUUGAAUUUAUUUUUUAAUCUUGUUUUAUUUAUAUAUAAAAUGUUAACCAGUGAAAAGCAAAUACAUAUAAAGGGAUUGUUACUGUUAAAAUAUUUAAUUUUAUAUAUUCAGUAUUGUUUUAAAUUUUGUUUCUUAUUUUGAACUUGAUUCAGUAUUAAUAUUUAACAGUAAAUAUUAAUAUUUAACAGUAAAUAUUAAUAGCAAAGGAGCAAAUUCUAUUUAUGAUCCUAAUGUGCAAUGGAUUUUACUUUUUUAUGUAUAUGUUCCUAAAUUUAUAAUUACAAAAAUCCUGAAGUAUUUUAAUUCCUUUCAUAGUCUAUAAAAGAAUUUUUAUGUCAAACAUUUACAUAUAUAUAAGUUUACUUCAAAUUCAAAAUUAGGCAAAAAUAAAUUUUAAGUUGGUUUUGUUGAAACUUUUGCUGUAAAAUCAGUAAAUUGCUGUAAAAACUGUAAAAUCAGUGUCAUUUGAAGUUAAUUUUUGUUGUUUUAUUACAAGUUUUGCAAAUUUAUUUUAAGCUUAUUAGAAUGCUGUGUUCUUAUUUUAUUAACUUUGCAAGAAAAUGUAAGUAACAUAGUUUCCAUAUUAUGUGCAACUGCUUAGAGAGGAAAAAAUUAUAAACGUAGUUAAAAAUAUUCUGUAGAAACACUUGCUUACAAGAUAUUACAUAAUCAAACUACAUAUAUAUAUUUCUAUAAAAAUAAAUGAAACUUUGUGUUCA